GACGAAUGGUGCUGUCUCGGGGCUGUGAAUGAGACUAGACUGCGGCUCUUCGGUGAUUGCCUGGCACUGAAGCAAUUCCCCCCUCUCAGGCCUCCAUCAUCAUCAUGAUGGCGUCUCUCUUUCAGUCCCUAUCCUUUUUCUCCUCUUCUUUCUCCCCUCUUUGACCGCGUUCCAGCUCCUCCUCCUGCACCCUUCUGACGGCUGCUUCCAUCAUCCCGGGUUUAACAUCCCGGUGUGAGCCAUCUCCGUCCAACCCACCUUUCAUCGAUGGGUGUAGACUCUGAUCGGAGGUGCCAUGCGGUCUGUCUGCUGCUGAGAUACUGUGACCUGUGACACUGCUGCUGCACCAUGAAGCUCCUCAACCCCCUCCGUCGCUGCGGCCCCGCCUUGCAGCGUCUGCGCACAUCACCAGGCGACUUCUUCGACUAUACCUGGGAGUUCACGCGCCGCUACUUUUUUACCGUGUCCUUUAUCGCCCUCUUCGGCGCCAAAUUGCUCCAUCUCUACGCUCACAUCCACUCCCUGCCGCCUCCCAAGUUCAUGCUCUGGGGCACCACCUUUUUCUUCCAGGAUGCGAUUCUUACCCUCCUCAUCCGCUUCUUCACACACAAAUUCCACUGGCGUUCUGUGGCAGCACUGUCUGCUCUGGUGAUUGUUCCCUUCAGUCUUAUCAUGUCCGGAAUGACCGCCGCAAAUACCUCCUUCUAUAUCGUGACCGGCGCCGAGAUCCACUGGCGACAGGCCACCACCUUCCACCGCGAUGCCGCCGCCAUGCGCACACUGCUGACGGGAUUAACCGGCUUCCUAAUCGUCGAGGGCAUUCUUCUCACCAUGGCGUGGUUCCUGGCAGCUCCUUUACACCGGAUCGUUGGCGGGAUCCUCACUAUCCUCGGACAGCCCUUCAAAUGUCUGAUGCGGUGCAUGAGUGGUGUCCGGGCGCUCCGUCCGAGAACCGCCCCGCUGCCCGACCCCGAGGUCUACGAGCAGAUUGCCGUGGAUGACUACCUUGACGACAAGAGCGACGAUGGCUCGUCCAUCCAGCUGCUGGAGCCCUAUGGUGAAGUGUCCCCCGUCAGGCGUGGCCAUUCGCCCCUUAUCAAGAUGGCCGUCUGGAUUCCGUUCUUGUGCCUCGUCCUGCUCCGCCUGGUUCGACCUUGGGAUCCCGCAUACAUGUUCCUUUCCGAAGCUCUUCCCCUGGCUCCCUUUAUCGGCGGUCAUCGCCAUUCCCCGGUCCGCGCAGGUGGCUUGCCAGGCGACUAUGGAUGGCUGGAGGGCCGUUCCACGUUGAACAAGUCCCCCAAAUGGCAUUGGUUACCCAAGGAGGGACUUCCCGGCUUUGACGAUUGGAAGAAAGGCGACAAGCCCCGGCUGCAUUACGAUCCCGAGAAGGACCCCCUGCACGUGUCCAACCUACAGAAUCCGGUGUUGGAAUCCUUGCAAGAGACUCUGUCCAACGGGAACGUCAAGAUCAAGCACGUCAUUCUCGUGAAACUCGAAAGCACCCGCAGUGAUGUCUUUCCCUUGCGCAAAGACACCUUCAUGUGGAAUCGCAUUGCACGAACGUAUCAGGACAAGAAGAUCCCGGAUGAAGUCCAGGAACGCAUCGCCAACCUGACCCGCACCGCCGAGUUCCUGACUGGGUUUGACGCGGGAUUCGGCCAUGACAACGAGCACGAUUAUGGAAGACGGUCCUAUGGGGGCAUCAGUGCGCGCAACGCCUUCACUACCGGCACCUACACGCUGAAAAGUCUUGUCGGUACCGUGUGCGGCGUGACCCCCUUGGUCGCCGAUUUCAACCGGGAAUAUGACCAUCACAUCUACCAACCCUGCAUGCCGCACAUUUUAGAUGCAUUCAACUACCAGGAUGACGUGGACACCAACCGGGCCAUCGACCAAGCCGACUUUCGCGCCUGGCCGUGGCAUUCCGCCUGGAUGCAGUCCGUCACGGAGACGUACGACAACCAAGACCGGCUCACUCCGCAACUGGGAUUCUAUGACGUGGUGACCAAAGAGUCGCUCGAGAAACCGAAUGCGACGCACUUCCCCAUGCGGUCCAAGGAGGUGAACUACUAUGGAUACCCCGACAUGGUGUUGCGGGACUACGUGAGUGACGCGAUUGACGACGCGGAGCGCAACCACCACCGGCUGUUUUUGACACAUCUGACGGGCACGACGCACCACCCCUGGGGCAUGCCCAAUGAUACCUACUCGGACAUGGUGUCCUCUAAGAAUACCAAUUCCAACGAGGACAUCAACAAGUACCUGAACACGAUCGGAUAUAUCGACCAGUGGCUGCAACAGAUCAUUGAUGUCCUCACUGAGAAGGGUGUCGUCGAUGAGACCUUGCUGGUGAUGGCUGGUGAUCAUGGUCUUUCGCUCCCCAACGACGGUGGCGUCACGCCCUAUGACAAUCCCCAUAUCGGCAGCUUCCACAUCCCCAUGUUAUUCGCCCACCCUCACCUUCCUCAGAUCGAAAUCAAUACGCCGGUGAUCACCCAGCAGGUUGUACCCACCAUUCUCGACCUGUUGAUUCAAUCCUCAUCACUCGGGGACAACAGCACCUCCGCCGCGCGCGACCUACUCUCCAUCUACGAGGGCCAAUCCAUGAUCCGAGAAUUGGUUCCCGAACAGGACGGCCGACAGAACUGGCAGUUCACUGUAAUGAACACAGGUGGCUCAUGGCUGGCGGUGCGCUCCGCCGCCCACCCAGCCUACCGACUGGUGAUCCCGCUCGUCGACGACGUGGAAUGGCGAUUCACCAACGUGGAACAAGACCCAGAUGAGCUGCACCCGGUGACCGAAUUCAACCUGGUCGACCUGGCCCGGACCCUGGAUAAGGAAUAUGGCACCGAUGCGGUGGACUGGGUGCGCGACGCGGCGCAUGUCGCGGAAUGGUGGGUCACGGAGAACUGGCAUCUGUAUCAGUAUCGACGCAAGCCUAAGCAUUGAGUGGGAAGAGGCCACCUGGGGAUUGAUCAACCCACGCAUUCGGCCUGGUGCAUGCUCGCGCCGAACCAUCUACCGCCACUGGUGCGGAUAAACCAGAUUGAACAUGGAUCUUUUGUACAUAGUUUGUUGUGGGAUCACAGGAUGACAUUACUGACUUUUAGCGUCAAUUGAAUCACAUCAUAAUCGACUUG